AUGGAUGCUGACCCAGAACAGCUGCAGGAGAGUGGAGAUGCAGAGAUAAUCAACCACAUGUUUUUACAGGUCAAACGAUGGGAGCGGGAGCUGAAAGAUGGAAGCCCAGAGAAAAUUGUUCAGCUCUUGCGAGUCGUUCAAGGCCUUCUGAAGUUGAAGAAAGAGGAGGUUACUAUGGCAUUUGAACUCAUCGAUAAUGCCGGGACAGAACAAGCUAGAUCGGAAAAUGAGUGGAAGGCCAAGGAGUUAAAGUGGGAACAAGAGUUAGAGAUGGCCAAGAAGUCGGGCGUUGGCGGUGGGCCAGACACUCGCUUCCUGCGGGACGAGAUGCGCACACUGGAGGCCCAGUUGGACCAUAGAGAGAAGGAUAUCCAACAGUUGGAGAAAGAGACGAGCAAGGAAAAGAAAAUCAAUGAGGAAUUGAUGAUUCGGGCAGAGGAGGCUGAGGAUGAGAGCAGGAAGCUGAAAAGAGAGGUUAGUGACAACUUAAACGAGCAGCUCCAGCAGGAUGUAGACUUCUACAGGAGGGAGCUGGACCAGAAGGAGCCGGUCCAGUCCAGAGAGGAGAGUACUGAGACACAGAGGAGACUCAACUCAGCCAACAGACAGCUCUACCAGUGCAUGGAGGACGUCCAGCGUGCGGAGGAAGAGGUAGCCCACCUGAAGACACAGAACGAUCAGAUGCAGAAGAGCCUAGAGGAGUCAGUGAAGGAGAUGGAGACGAUGACGGACGAGUACAACAAGAUGAAGAUUGUUGUGCAGCAGACAGACUCCAUCAUGGACCAGCUGAGGAAGGAGAGGGACCACGCCAAGCUACAGGUCAGAGAGCUGACAGAGCAGAUUCAGAGCCGGGCGGAGGAAGAUGACCCAGUCAUGGCAGCCGUGAAUGCCAAGGUGGACGAAUGGAAGAGAGUGCUGGCUGGGAAGGAUGAGGAGAUCAUGGAGUACCAGCAGAUGAUCCGCGAGCUAAGGGACAAGCUACGCUCGACCCAGAUGGACACGGACAAGAGCAACAUCAUCGCCUUGCAGCAGGCCGUGCUAGAGAGAGACAAUCAAAUCAAGAUGCUGACAGAGCAAGUGGAGCAGUAUACGGGGGAGAUGGAGAGAAAUGCCCUGCUCAUAGAGGAACUCAAGAAGCCCCUGAAGAAAGACAGAGGUGCGUCCAUCCAGCAGAGGAAGCUGGACGAGCUAACCGCUAAGCUGCAGGCCACAGAGACAAGAGCACAGGAAGCAGAACGUGUGGCCGAGCUAGCCGAGACAGACGCCAGGGACAAGGACAAAGAGCUCAGUGACACAUUAAACCACAUGAGACUCUAUGAGUCUGGCACUGAUGGUCUGCAGGUGGCCAUCGCUGAGAUCAAAGAGUGUAAGAAUCAGAUGAGAGUGCGAGACCGUGAGGCGGAGGCUAUGACCAGAGAGAUCAACCAGCUGGAGAUGAGAAUCAACAACCUUCUGGAUGAGAACGAAGAUCUUAGGGAACGACUCGGUCUGGAGCCCAAAGAGGAAGUGGAUCUGACAGAAUUCAGAAGAACCAAAUCCCUGAAACAGAGGCAGUUCCAAGCAGAGAACCAGGUUCUCACCAAAGAGAUCGAACGACUGGAAGAGGAGAGACUUGAACUGAAGAAACAAAUCAGGCGAAUGGUAAAGGACAAAGGGAUCACAGUGACCAGCUCAUUGCUAGAGGAUGAUGCCAAGCCCACCAGAUCCAUCAAACUGACACCAACACCAACCUUCACUUCUGCAGAUGAGGAGGAGAUCAAACGCAAGUAUGAGCAUCUGAGGAGAGAACUGAACCAUAAGGAGAGAGACUUGGAGCAUCAGAGGACCCAGUCUUCUCAAUUUAAAUCCAAAUUGGAAGACUUGUUUAAGGAGAACAAGCAGCUGGAACAAGGUAUGAAGGAGAUUCUUCAGGCCAUCCAGGAUGCUCAACAGAAAACCCCCUCCUCACAAGCUGCUGUCUCUAUCCCCAGUCUGGAGAAGCUGGUCCGUGCAAUAGAGAUGAAGAACUCUGAUGGGAAGUUUGACACCAGCCUCCACCUGAAGGCCCAGGUAGACCAGCUGACGGGAAGGAACGACGAGAUCAGACAGGAAAUGAGGGCAGCUCGGGAGGAAGCUGCCAGCGCCAUGAGUCAACUGGUCAAAGCCAAAGAAAAGGUGACCCGUGUGGAGGGCGAUAUGGAGGCGCUGAGAAAGUCCAAAGGGGGCGGGGUAAUCUUUAGGACCCUGAAUCUCCCUGACGACAUGGCCCUAUCCAGCACUGAGGUUAUCAGCUCUCUGAAUGAGUAUGCCGUUCGACUGUUACGGGAGAUUAAAAACAAAGAGGAGUCAAGCCAGCAGCUGGUGGCAGCCUUGGAAGAGUACAAGGGGAAGUUUGCUGUGAUUCGCCAUCAGCAGGGACUCCUCUACAAGGAGCACCAAAGUGAGAAGGAGGUCUGGCAGAAGGAGAAGGAGACAUUCACAGAGAUGAAGAACAAGCUGGAGGAGCAGAAGCUGGUGGACACAGUAAAGAUCAAAGAGUUCAAUCACUGGCUGGAGGCACUGCAGAAGGAUCCAGAGGAGCUGCGGAGGCAGGUGGCGGAGGCGGCCCGGAGGAUGACGGUUCUGCGUGUGAACGAGAAGUCUCUAACACAUCGCUACACCACCCUGCUGGAGCAGGAGCAGCACCUCCGCAAGGACAACAACAAACUGAGGGAUGACUUCAGCACCAUGCAGGCCUCUGUCACACAGAGGAUAGGAUACCUGACCAGAUACAAGGACAUUGCAGCGUAUAAGCUGGCAGCGCUGCAGAAAGCCCUGGAUGACAGCGUCCCCUCAUCAGAGCUGGAGAGGGCCAACAAGCAAUACACAGAGCUGACGGUGAAAUACAGGGACAUGCUCCAGAAAGACAACCACCUGGUGCAGAGGACCACCAACCUAGAACACCUAGAGGGUGAGAACAUGUCCCUCCGUGAGCACAUCACUGCCCUCAAUAAAGAGCUGGAGAUUACCAAGGAGAAACUCCACACUCUGGAGCAAGCCUGGGAGCACAUCAACACAUUAGGUGGUGAGAGCAGCAUGGACAAGGCAGCGAAGGCAAUGGCCAACAGUGAGAUUAUAUCAACGUCCAGGAGGAUCACCACCUUGGAGAUGAAGGAGCUGAAUGAGCGACAGAGGGCUGAGCAUGCCCACAAGAUGUACGAACACCUCAGGAACUCUCUCAGACUGGUGGAGGAGCGCAACGUGGAGCUGGAGACAAAGUUCGCCGAGCUAACAAAGCUGUACCUGGGGGCCCAGAGAAUGGAGCGGGAGCUGAGAGAUGAGCUGGCCGACAGUGUCUCUAAAGACGGCAGCAACGCCGACCGCGCCAGGAUCACCCAGCUGGAGAAGGCUGAGGCCGAACUCAAGGUGGAGGCCUCAAUGUUGAGGGAGGUGUCUGACGUGGCUAAGAUGCAGGUGUCCGCCCUGGAGGCCAGACAGCAGUCCAGAGAGAAGGAGGUUAAAGCUCUAAGGAGGCAGGUCCUCGACUACCAGUCCCAGUCAGACGAGAGAGCCCUGAUCGCCAAGCUCCACCAGCACAUCGUAGCGCUGCAGCUCAGCGAAUCAGCCGCCGUGGGGAAGCUAGAGGCCACCGCCACCCGGAUCCAGCAGCUUGAGGCCUACAUGCUCCGUGCCGAGCAGAAACUGGACGCCAGCGAGAAAUCCCUGUACCACGCUCGCCAGGAGGGCCGGAACCGAGCCAGGCACCUCCAACAGUCCAUCCAGUCUCUCCGCAGGCAGUUUGCCGGGGCUCUGCCCUUAGCCCAGCAGGAGAAGUUCUCUCAGACCAUGAUGCGCCUGCAGGAGGAUAGAGGGACCGCGCAGGAGGAGAAGAGGAGAGCAGAGGAGGAGAGGAGGAGGAUGGAGGGGAAGGCCCAGGAGCUGGAGCUGAGGCUGAAAGGGUUAGAGGAGCUCAUAGCUACGCUGAAGGAUGUGAAAGGAGCUCAGAAGGUGAACGAGUGGCACAAGAAGAUAGAGGAGGUCAGACUGCAGGAGCUGAGACGGGGCCGGGAGCUGGGGGUCCAGAGAGAGGAGAUCAGUUACCUGAGGAGCCUGGUGGCUGAGCAGGAGAGAACCAUCCGUACCCUGGAGGAAGACAGCGUACAGCAGCACACUGUUCAGGAGGAGCGUCAGAUGUCGUGGGAUCAGAGAGAGGUGGAGUUGGAGCGCCAGCUGGAUCUUUAUGAGAAACAGCAGAACCUAAUAAUAGGCUCUGCCCAGAAGUUUGAGGAGGCUACCGGAGCCUUGCCAGACGCAAGCCUUCCCCUGGCCCACCAGCUGGACUUUGCCCUGAGGAAAAUCAAAGAGCACGUCCGCACCAUCCUGGAGACCCAGGCCACCUGCAAAACUCUAGAUGAGAAGCUGAAGGAGAAGGAAUCUGCCCUGUGGAAGGCAGAGCAGAACAUCCUCUCCAGGGACCGGGUAAUCAAUGAGCUGCGUCUGCGUCUCCCUGCGGCUGCAGACAGGGAGAGGCUCUUGGCAGACCUGGCCAAGCACCAAGAGGACCAGAGGGAGAGCCAGCCGGCCCUCAAGGUGGCCCACCAGACCAUCAACAACCUGCAGGGACGCCUGGACCAGAAGGAGGAGGUCCUUAAGAAGUACCAGAACCUACUGGCCCGGGCUAGACAGGAGCAGGAGGAUAUCACCAGGAGACAUGAAGAGGAGAUGAGGACGCUGCACCAGAAACUGGACCUGCACACUGACACCUCCCUUGACCGCUUCAAACAGACCGCACUGGAGUUAAUGAAGAAGCCCACCAUAACGGUGCCGACCACCAAGCACCUGGUUCGCCUAGCUGAGAUGGAACAGACGGUGGUGGAACAAGACCGCUCUCUGUCCUCCAUGACCGACCGGCUGAAGGGCCUCAUUGCAGAGCUGGAUAGGCAGAGGAACCUCACAGCCAUGCAGGCCAAAGAGCACGCCUCAGAGAGGGCUAAGCUGGCAGAGCGUCAUGCAGCCCAGGCCAAAGCCCUGUCAGGGGAGGCUGAGGAGCAGCAUGCUCAGCUGGGUCAGAUGGAGAAGGAGCUGCACUACCUCCGCACAGAGCUGGAGGCCCAGAAACAGGCCAACGUCCGCUCGCCCAGCAACACCAUGAAGAACCUGGUGGAGAGACUCAAAGCACAGCUCAACCAGAAAGAGAAACAACUGAAGGCUCUGAGUAAGGCCCUGUUGGCGCUGAGGGCAGAGAUGACGUCCCAUGCGGAGCAGCAGAUCAUAGCCAAUGCAUCUCACAGAGAGGAUAGCCUCAAUGUCCAGCUGCUGGUAGACAAGCAUACCAAGGACCUCAAGGCUCGUGUGCAGGAGCUAAACGAAGAGCUCCAGGGGGCGAAGGAGGCUGUGAAGGCAGGGAGGGGGAGGGAGAACACCCUGAAGGAGGAGGUGGAGGGCCUGAACAAGGACCUCCAGAAGAGCCUGAAGACCCAGAGCAAGUUGCAGGGGGAGAAGGAAGAGAGAGACGAGGAGAUCCACGAACUCAAACAGCGAAUCAAGAGGCUCAACAGCGGACUGCAGGGUCAAUCUGACCCUGAGGGGAAGGGGCCCACAGUAGAGGCACUGCAGAAGAAGAUCCGUAAGUUGGAGUCGGAGCUGGAAAGGAGAGGUGUACCAGAGUCAACAACAGAAAGGAAAGGCCUUGGCCUAAAGGAUGACAAGACAAAUAAAGAAGAAAUAGUGCGGUGGGAGGAGGGCAAGAAGUGGCAGGCCAGGAUGGAGAAAGUGAGGAACAUUCUGAAGGAGAAGGAGAGGGAAACCGAGUCUGUCUCUAAGCAGCUGAGUACUCUCAAGGAGCUCUACUCCAGACUGGAGCAGGAGAAGGCAGGUCUGCAGAGGAAACUGAAGGGUCGUGGUGUGACGGCAGAUCAGGUGGUGGGGGUGAGGACACAGGAGUCUGAGAAAGAACUGGUUGAGCUGAAGAGGAGGAACGGUGAACUGGAGCAACAGAUCCUCACCAUAAAACAGCAGCAGGCCCUACCCAGAGAUUCUGCCAUGGAGGACAUGAACCUGAGGAACCACUACCUGGAGGACAGGCUUCACUCCCUGGAGAGCCAGAAGUCCUCUACAUCAGACAACCCCUCACAGAAAGAGUACGAGCUUCAGAGAGAGAACCUGAAGCUUUCCUCAGAGAAGCUGGAGCUCCGCUUUCAACUGGAACAGGCCAACAACGACCUACCCAGACUAAAGGACCAAGUUGCAGACCUCAAAGAGAUGUACAACGUUCUGAAGAAGGAAAAGGCGGAGGUGGAGAAAAAACUGGGUCACGUCCGUGAGGCGGGUCGCAGCGGUAAAACUGUGCCAGAGUUGGAGAAGACCAUCGGGCUGAUGAAGAGGGUGGUGGAUAGGGUGCAGAGGGAGAACGAGACGCUGAAGAAAACUCCAGCAGCACUGAGUCAGGAACAGCUCACAGCUCUGGAGCGCAAGCAUGAAAAACUCAAGAAUGAUUACGAGAAGCUCAAGAGAAACACAGAAACACAGCUGAGCUCCAGACUAGAGACCAAAACCAAAGGAGUGGAGAAAAUUGUGAUGGAAAACGAACAUUUACGGAAAGAGAUUAAAAGGGAGACUGAGGCUGCGGAGAGGCUGAGGAUGGCCAAGACCAGUCUAGAGAUGACCAAUGAGAAGCUGGAGGCUGAGCUGGAGGAGGCCAGACAACAGCUAGUGGCAGCCCAGUCCAGGGUCAUCCCUGAGGGGGUCGAAAGUAAGACCUGGAAGGCCACUGUGGUAACAAGGAUGUUUGAGAGUAAGAUGAAAGCACUGGAGCAGGACAUCAGCCAGAAGAACUCCAGUCUCUCAGAGCUCAGGCUGCAGCUGCGAGAGGCCAGUGAGAGGGAGGAGAAAGCACAGCGAGUCGCCAGCCAACUACAGGAGCAGGUGAAGCUGUUAAACAACUUUCCCACCGCAGCAAACACUGAGUCAGGCCUCGCCAAGGAGUUCCAGUCAACGAGAUUGACCAAUAACCAGCUGGAGAAGGAAGAGCUGGUACAGAAGCAUAGUGACUACACAAAGAAGUAUGAGACAACCUCUGCUGAGCCAGGGUAUGAGGAGCUACAAGCCCUGCUGAAGGCCACUGGCGAGGAAAAAAAACAGUUGCAGGCCGAAGUAAAAAAGAUGAAGAUGGAACUGGAGAACUUUGACCCGACAUUCUUUGAGGAGAUUGAGGAUCUGAAGUUUAAUUACAAUCUGGAGGUGAAGAAGAACAUUGUUCUGGAGGAGCAACUGAAGAAAGUGUGUGAACAGUUUGGUAUAGGAGCUGCAGAUAUCCCUGAUGUGUCCAUCAGCUAACACAGGAUGGAUAUUGUGCCUUUUAAACCAUUAAAUGUCUUAAAUAUAUAGUAUUUAUAUGGUUUUAAUGUGAAUGUUGUCUAGAAGAUGAAGUUGAAUGUCAUUGUGUUUCUCCUCCUGGGGCAGUUUUGUUUUGUUCAGACAAUGUAACAGGGAUUUUACAUACUUGUCAAAUAGUUUUUUACAUUUGUAUACAGUGCCUUCAGAAAAUAUUCAUACCCCUUAUUACACAUUUUGUUGUGUUACAGCC